UAUUAAGAGAGUGAGUGUUUGGUUUCUUAGCCGUUAGCGAUGAAUUUGGCGGUGUCGGCGUUGGGAGGGUGGAGGGUGUGCAAUGGAGCAAUGUUUUUGGUUGAGGGAGGCGGUAAUGGUUUGGGAAUGGGAAGUGGGAGAGUGUGCAGUCGGAGUCGGAGUCGGAGUCGGAGUGAGGUUGGUGGAGUCAGAGUCGGAGUGAGGCUGGAUGGACCUGUGCCCCUAAACGACGACGUUUUGGAAAAGGAAGUGGUUUUCGAGCAGUGCGUGACGCGGACUCUGUCUCCGGCGUUGACAUUGGAGGAGGGACUUGAGAAACUGAAGGAGGCUCUCCAAAUCUUGAAUUCUCCUUCCCCUUCUUCCCCUACUGGAUUCCUUAGGUUUCAGGUGGCGCUCCCUCCCAGUCCUAAGGCCUUCACUUUGUUUUGCUCCCAACCCCACUCCUCCUCGGUCUUUCCUCUCAUUUAUGUUUCCAAGAACGACGCCGACUCUAAAUCACUCUAUGUCAAUGGAACCCGUGGUGUUUGUGGCAUCGGUGCUGCUGUUUCCUUUCUCCCUCCAACUCCAAACCACCGCACUUUCCUCAACAGAUACAUUUCAUCUGAUUCAACCAAUGUAGUGGCCUAUGGUUUCAUGGAUGUUAAUUUGGAUGAUGAUGUGAGUCACCAGGAAGGUUCUUUUUGGUUUUUCAUCCCUCAGAUUGAGUUAGAUGAGCUGGAAAGUGUUUCCAUUCUGUCAAUGACCCUUGCAUGGGAUGAAUUUUCCUUCUCUACUUUUCAAGAAGCCCAUUAUUCGCUUCAAGUUUCUCUAGACCAGGUUAUGUGUCAUGUCUGGUCUACUAUUGACACAUGGAAAUCCAAAUGCACUAGAGCUGCCCUCAAAAAACUCAAUUUGGUAGAAGAUAGAUCUAUUCCAAGGGUCUACAUGAACACUAUUGCACCAGGAGGAAGAGAAAGUGUGGGUGACAUCAUGGAACUGAAGGAGUCUCCAUCUUCCAGUCAAUUUUGUGUUAGGCUAUCAGCAACCAUUGUUUUUUCAAAUAAUAUGUUGGAUCAUGCCAAUGAAUUAUCAAACUCCCUGAAAGAAAGUGCCAAUAUUAACACUGUUUGGGCAUCGCUUAUUGUUGAAGAAUGCACAAGACUUGGUUUGAUGUAUUUUUGUAUUGCUCCUGGAUCUAGAUCUUCCCCUCUUGCUGUUGCUGCUGCAAGUCACAAAUUAAUCACAUGUAUUUCAUGCUACGAUGAGCGUUCACUAGCAUUUCAUGCUGUUGGAUAUGGAAGAGGAUCUCACAUUCCAGCAGUAGUCAUAACAUCAUCAGGCACUGCAGUUUCCAACCUUCUUCCUGCUGUUGUGGAGGCAAGUCAAGAUUUUGUGCCACUUAUUUUGCUUACAGCAGAUCGACCUCCAGAGCUUCUGGAUUGUGGGGCAAACCAAGCAAUCAAUCAGGUGAACCAUUUUGGUUCUUUUGUGAGAUUUUUCUUUAAUCUCCCUGCACCCACAGAUCAAAUUCCUGCAAAAAUGGUACUUACCACUCUUGAUUCUGCUGUACAUUGGGCAACUUCUUCACCAUGUGGUCCAGUGCAUAUUAACUGCCCUUUUAGAGAGCCUUUGGAAAGCAGUCCCUGCAGAUGGUUGUCAAGCUGUUUAUCUGGGUUAGACUUGUGGAUGGCUAAUGCUGAACCAUUUACCAAGUAUAUUCAUAUGCAAUUGUCUCAUACUUGUAUAAAUGCUCCUGGUGAAAUGACUGAAGUUUUAAAUCUGAUUCUAAGGGCCAAUAAUAGUCUUCUAUUAUUUGGUGCAAUCCAUACAGAGGAUGAGAUGUGGGCUGCUCUACUUUUGGCUAAACACCUUCAGUGGCCUGUUGUAGCAGAUAUCUUGUCUGGGUUGCGGUUAAGAAAGCUUUUAACUUCUUUUCCUGAUAUUGAAAGAAACUUUAUAUUUGUUGACAAUCUUGAUCAUGCUCUUCUCUCAGAUUCUGUCAAGGGCUGGUUAGAGGUUGAUGUGGUUAUUCAGAUAGGAAGCAGGAUAACUAGCAAACGAAUCUGCCAAAUUAUUGAGGAUUGUGCUCCUUUUUCAUAUAUUAUGGUUGACAAGCAUCCACAUCGUCAUGAUCCAUCACAUAUUGUAACUCAUCGUAUACAAACUUCCAUUUUUGAAUUUGUGGGCUGUAUACUUAAAGCUGCAGUUCCGCAUACAAGGAGCAUGUGGAGCACUUCCCUACAAUUGUUGAGUAAAAUGGUUGAAUGGGAGAUAAAAUUUCAAAUUACUGCUGAGUGCUCCCUAACUGAACCUUAUGUUGCACAUGUGAUGUCAGAAGCUCUUUCCUCUGAGUCUGCCCUUUUUCUUGGUAAUAGUAUGCCCAUUCGGGAUGCAAAUAUAUAUGGAUGUAGUUGGUCUAUAUGCUAUCAAAGUGUUUCAUCACUCCUGUUAAACUCAGACCUACCAAUUAACUUGGUGAGGGUAGCUGCUAACAGGGGGGCUAGUGGUAUUGAUGGGAUACUUAGCACAGCCAUUGGUUUUGCUGUAGGAUGCAACAAAAAGGUGUUGUGUGUAAUUGGAGAUAUUUCUUUAUUGCAUGAUACAAACGGUCUGGCAAUUUUGAACCAGCGGAAAUUGCGGAAACCAAUGACAAUUCUUGUGAUUAAUAAUCAUGGAGGAGCGAUUUUCAGUACCCUUCCUUUGGCAGAUAAAGUUGAACCUUAUAUACUGCAUCAAUAUUUCUACACCUCUCACAACAUUUCUAUACGUCAACUAUGCAUGGCACACGGCGUCAAACAUUUGCAUGUGAAGACAAAGGCAGAACUUAAAGAAGCUAUGUGUGUAGCACAACAUGAGCAAAUGGACUGUAUGGUUGAAAUUGAGAGUUCCAUUAAUGCCAAUGCCAAUUUCCACAGCAUUUUGAAAAAAUCUGCACUCCAAACUACGCAACACACCAUAAGUUUCCUGUCAUGGAUUUUCUGUCAAGGCUCUAUAAAGGACAAGUUCUGUUUAUACAAAAUCCGUGAAAUACAGUGUUCUAAAUAUAGGAUUGCACUUGAAGCUCCGCCAACAUCAACAUUUGUUAGUGAUGGUUGUAAGGAAUUCUAUAGAGAAGGAUUUAUUUUAUCUUUAGUGCUUGAAGAGGGAAGUGUUGGUUAUGGUGAGGUUGCACCUAUUGACAUCCACAGGGAAAAUCUGGUAGAUGCUGAAUAUCAACUUAGGUUUCUUAUCCAUGUUAUGGAACAUGUUGAUGUUAGUUGCUUCCUCUCUCUUUUGAAGGGUUCAUUUUCAUAUUGGAUAUGGCAUGAGUUGGGCAUCAUGCCAUCUUCUAUUUUUCCAAGUGUCAGAUGUGGCUUGGAAAUGGCUAUCCUCAAUGCCAUUGCUGAUGCAAAAGGCUCUAACAUGCUGAACAUACUCUAUCCCUCAAUAAAUGGGAACAAUAAAUGUGAAAGGUCAUUAAAUGUUCAGAUUUGUGCAUUAAUUGAUUCAAAUGGAUCUCCAACUGAAGUUGCUAAUGUUGCUGCCAAACUAACUGAGGAAGGAUUUUCUGCAAUUAAGCUGAAGGUAGCACGUGGGGGUGAUCCAAUGCAUGAUGCAGCACUAAUACAAGAAGUGAGAAAGAAAGUUGGUUGCCAGAUAAUUAUCCGUGCAGAUGCUAAUCGAACCUGGACUUAUGAAGAAGCUAUGAAAUUUAGUUCGUUGGUUAAGGAUUGUAACCUACAGUAUAUUGAGGAGCCUGUUCAGGAUGAAGAUGAUAUUCUCAAGUUUUGCGAAGAAAGCGGCUUACCUAUUGCUUUAGAUGAAACCAUAGAUAACAUUCAAGAAAAUCCCAUGGAAAAGCUAGCCAAGUUUACUCAUCCAGCAAUAGCUGCUGUUGUUAUUAAACCAAGUGUUGUUGGUGGAUUUGAGAAUGCAGCAUUAAUUGCCCAAUGGGCUCACCAGAUGGGGAAGAUGGCUGUUGUAAGUGCUGCAUUUGAAAGCAGUCUGAGUCUGUCUGCAUAUACUCAGUUUUCUAGUUAUCUUGAACUUCUGAGUUUAGGUACAUUCAAAGUGUUAGAUGAUGCAGCAUCAGGUACUGUAGCACAUGGUCUAGGAACCUACCGUUGGCUUAAGGAAGAUGUAACACCUAGUCCACUUUUGAUUUGUCGUAAUCCACAAACUGGUUUUGUUGAAGCAUCUGUGGCAAAUGCUAGUCGAUUGGUACAUGAUUUUCAAGUCAACCAGAAAGUUAUCUCUUACAUUAUUGCAGAGGAGCAAGUUCGUCGGUACCAAUAUAAAGUAGAGCUUAACAAUUUAUCUUGUUCUUUUGAAGUUCGUGAGACUGGCCUUAAAACAAAUGAUAAUGUACUGGUAUUUCUUCAUGGUUUUCUUGGAACUGGUGAAGACUGGAUUAACAUCAUGAAGACCUUUUCUGGAUCAGCAAAAUGCAUUUCUGUUGACCUUCCUGGUCAUGGAAAAUCAAUAUUACAUGGUGUAAAGGGUGCUGGUGAAGAACCAUUGUUGUCACUGGAGACAAUUGCUGAUUUGUUGCAUAAAUUAAUUCAUCACAUUGCUCCAGAAAAAGUUACACUAGUUGGGUAUUCAAUGGGCGCAAGAAUUGCAUUGUAUAUGGCACUGAAAUUUUGCACUAAGACAAAGGGUGCUGUAUUAAUAUCUGGGAGUCCUGGUUUGAAAGAUAAAUUAUCUAGAAAAAUUCGUACUGCUAAAGAUGAUUCUAGAGCACUUGCAGUCAUUGCACAUGGUUUAGAACUUUUUGUCAGUUCCUGGUAUGCAGGAGAGCUGUGGAAAAGCCUAAGAAGUCAUCCCCAUUUCAAUCGAAUCAUUGCUAGUCGCUUGCAGCAUGAUGACAUGCAGAAUCUUGCACAGAUGCUGUCUGGAUUAAGCAUAGGAAGGCAGCCGUCAAUGUGGGAAGAUUUGCCAAAUUGUAGAGUACCUCUUCUUAUCAUGCAUGGAGAAAAGGAUACAAAAUUUCGGAAAAUUGCUCAAGCAAUGAUGAAAGCAUUGUGCUCUAGCUUACGGAGUAAGCAUGAAAAAGGGUAUGACAUACACGAGGUUGUUGAGGUUCCUAGCUGUGGCCAUGCUGCCCAUUUGGAGAAUCCUCUUCCACUAAUUGCUGCCAUAGGACGAUUCCUGACAAGAAUAUGAAAGUUGUAUUCUCCAGUUGGAGGAUCAAAACAUGAAGCAAAACCUUUUUGUGUUAUAAAAGGUUAUAACAACCUUGCAUACGUGGCAAGGAUAAGUGAAACUGGUGAAUUGAUUAGGGCUUAAAAAAUAAAAUGGAAUGGGAGGGAAGGGUCUGGGAGAAGGAAGGAAUAAUCGGGAGGGUUGGGAAUGGAAUAUUGAGUUUGUACUUUUAUAGAAUGUCCCUUGUUUUUUUCCUGUAUUUUCUUUUGAUUUGUGUCAUGACAAAGGGCUAACCUCUCUUUCCAAGGAACUUUAUCUCCAUUAUUUCUUAUCCAAGUAUCGAGCUUUGUUCAGAUAAUGCCCGUACCACUAAGGAUGGUGUUCAUUUUGAUAUACUUGUGUUGAUAUUCCGACAAAUGCUUGAUUUGUUAUGCAUAUAUAUUAAUAUCAAUCAUUGAUUUUCUUAUUAGUGAUUGAUAUUUUACAUCA